ACAGAGAGAUUUAUUUCCACAGCUGGCAGUAAAGGUUCUGUCCCGCACUCUGUGCUGUGGUUUUGAAGGGGGCAAGAGAGGGACUAUAAAGAAAGAAAGCAAUCGAAAAAGUGGAGAAAUAAAGUUAUAAAAUGGAUACCUUGGCUUUAGAGGCCACGCUGCCCAAAAAGGCUCAGAAUGGAGCAGUAGGGGUAUUGCCCACACCAACCCCUGCCAAACGCAAACCUGCUAAAAAAACUAAGAAAGCUGUCGUCUUUUUCGAGGUGGAGAUUCUGGACGCCAAGACGAAGGACAAGCUCUGCUUCCUUGACAAGGUUGAGCCUAAUGCCACUAUCGGGGAAAUCAAAUCCAUGUUCCACAAGAGCCACCCACAGUGGUAUCCGGCCAGACAGUCCAUUCGUUUGGAUCCCAAGGGGAAAUCAUUGAAGGAUGAAGACGUUCUGCAGCACCUGCCUGUGGGAACAACAGCAACCUUCUACUUCAGAGAUCUGGGAGCUCAGAUCAGCUGGGUCACGGUGUUUCUGACCGAGUAUGCCGGACCUCUGCUGAUUUAUCUGAUGUUUUACUUCAGAGUUCCGUUUAUUUAUGCCCCUAAAUAUGACUUCACCACCAGCAAACACUGGGUCGUACAUUUGGCAUGUAUGUGUCACUCCUUCCACUACGUAAAGAGACUUCUAGAAACGCUGUUCGUCCAUCGCUUCUCCCACGGGACAAUGCCGCUCCGCAACAUCUUCAAGAACUGCACAUACUACUGGGGAUUUGCUGCUUGGAUGGCUUAUUACAUCAACCACCCGCUCUAUACACCACCAAUCUAUGGAGAACAGCAGAUCAGACUCGCCCUUAUUGUAUUCCUGUUCUGUCAGAUUGGAAACUUCUCAAUUCAUAUUGCCCUGAGAAAUCUCCGACCACCAGGAUCUAAAACCAGGAAGAUCCCGUACCCGACUAAAAACCCCUUUACCUGGAUCUUCCUGCUCGUCUCAUGCCCCAACUACACUUAUGAGUUGGGCUCAUGGCUGGGCUUCACUCUGAUGACCCAGUGUCUGCCCGUGGCGUUCUUCACCCUGGUGGGCUUCAUCCAGAUGACCGUGUGGGCGAAAGGAAAACACCGCAGCUACCUAAAGGAGUUCCGAGACUAUCCCAAACUCCGUUCACCAAUUCUGCCCUUUAUCCUGUAGAACAGUCAUGCAGUAUUCUUCAUUUUUUAACCCUUUCUUUUGCGCCUUCCUCUCUACCGUCCCACUUUUAUAAUGCAUCACCACCCACAUCCAACUUCAUCUAUUUGCUUGCCUCCCCAAAACUCCAUCUUUUCUGCAGUCUCCAAGCAUUGAACGGACCGGACUGAUUCUGAGUACCUCUCUUUUGAAACCCUUUUACAGGUCAUCAAAGACUUCAUGGUUGGCAUCAAUCGCCCCCUAGGGGUUGGAUCUCAUGAUAACAGUCAAGAAAUAUUUGGCGUCGUAUUUCAGCCCAAAAUAAAAUGUUAUUUUACAUUUAGUUUUAGUUUUUUAGUAAUAUAGAAUAUCUGGCUAGGAGGAUGUUCAUUACUGUGCAGUUACAGUAAUGAGAUUUUAAUGAGAAGUGCUUAUGAAAAAUAAAAAUGGCUCAAAAGUUGUUGUUUUUUUUUAGAUUCAC